AUGAGUGGGAACUCUGCAGAAUUGGUGUUGCUGCUGUUGACAUCGGAGAGCUGUUGCGAGCGUGAGGAGACGGCCAUACCGUUCGGCUCCACGCUGAAGGACUGCAGACAUCUGCUGGAGAGUGCCAGAGAGCUCAGCCUGCACAUUACAGGAGUCAAAUUCAACAUUCCCAGUUGUUGUCAGGAUGCACAAGCAUUCUCUCGUGCUGUUUCUGACGCCCGCUGUGUCUUUGAUAUGGGGGAGGAGCUUGGCUUUGAGAUGAGUAUUCUGGACGUCGGAGGCGGCUUUGAUGGAAGUGAGGCACAGUUAGACAAGGUUAACCAGAUGCUGAAACCCAUGCUGGACAUGUAUUUUCCUCUCUCGACCGGCUUGUCGCUCAUCGCUGAACCCGGAGUUUAUUAUGUGUCAUCUGCCUUCACGCUGGCCAUGAAUAUAAUCGCUAAGAAAACCGUGGCUCGUGAUUUCAGGGGUCAACCUCACAAUGCACUGUCUGCAAACAACGAGCCUGAGUUUCUCUACUACAUGAACGAUGGGGUUUAUGGGACUUUUGCCAAUAAGCUGCUGUGUGAAGAUUCAAUCUCAAUGCCUUCGGCACACAAGGAGGUGAGCGCAGAAGAGCCGCUGUUCUCCAGCAGUCUGUGGGGUCCGUCUGCUGAUGAUCUGGAUCAGGUGGUGGAGCGAUGUCUGCUGCCGGAGCUCAGUGUUGGAGACUGGCUGCUUUUCAGCAAUGCAGGGGCCAACGGUCUGGGGGCCACAUUCACUAACGGAGAGGAACACAAACCGGCCGUCUUCUACAGCAUCACUGAAUGCGACUGGCAACAGGUUCAUAACUGUGGCGUCACUUUGGACUCGAGGAUGAAGAACCUCUCUGUGGUACCAUGCGGCUUGCAAGCAAACAUAUCCAAGGCGUCCGUUUCCACCCCGGCGUAACAUAAUGCCACUUAUUAAUGUCAUUAUCUCGACUGACUUUAAGCACUUAAGAACCUGGGAUCUUCUAAGAAGCUUCAGUUGCUUUGAAGAAGUUUGGCUGGGACCAGAGCUGAAGAAGUGUUGUUGAACAGAACAACUUCAUAGCCAUCACAACUGAUGGAUAAACAGCAAAUAGGUGCGAUUAGCUUUAACAAAUGAGCCAGUUGGCCUUUACAGAUACAUUUAAUUAUAUUUAAGUCCGUUUUAUAAAUGUAUACACACAUAAUAUUUCCACUUACUAAUGGAAUCAGUCAUGUACUAAGUUAUUUAUUAAACCUCAAGUCUAGUUUCAUGACAUCAUCAGAUGCUUUUAAAGAAACAUGCACUUGUUUUUUGUUAUUCGUAUUACGAAUAUGAUGUUUAAACUGGAAAAUUGUGAUCUUCGUCCUAUUUGAACUGUUACAGGAAUAGUUCAGCAGAGCACUGUGGUAUGUUUUUGUGGACUAAAUACAAUGGAAACUUUGUAAACUGUUGAAAUCUUAUGUCCAAAUGCAGAAAUGCAAAAUCUGCUGCAAAUGUCCUCACCCUCAGGCCAUCCAAGCUAUAAAUGAGUUUUUCUUCAUCAGAUUUGGAGAA